AUUCAUACAUUUCUCUCUGCUAUAUAUAAUCUCUCCCUCAUUUCUCUCUAAUCAUUCAAAUCUCUCUCUAACUCUCUAUCUCUCUCUUCAGCAUCAUUACAAGCAAUCUAAUCGCUAUCACAAUAAUCGCUUAUUACAAUAAUCGCUUAUUUUUCAUUUUGUCUAAUUCGUUUCUUUUGCAGGGUUCAUUUUCUGAUUCUUGAUUUCAUAUCAAGAAUUUAAUUUCAUUUGUUAUUAUUCUAUUUUGUAUAUUGUUUUUCUUUUCUCUCUAACAAUGGCUUCAGGUUCUUUGAGUUCUCCCGCCAUCAAAACCCAAUCACGUUUUCCUCUUCAGGAACACUUACAGAGAAAGAGUUCCAAAGAGAAUUUGGACAGAUUUAUACCGAAUAGAUCGGCUAUGGAUUUUGAUUAUGCACACUACAUGGUGACAGAAGGGGCUAAAGGUAAGGAAAAUCCAGAAGUGUGCUCCCCUUCCAGAGAAGCUUAUAGGAAGCUACUUGCAGAAUCUUUAAACAUGAACAGGACCAGAAUUCUAGCUUUCAAGAACAAGCCACCUACUCCAGUUGAUUCGAUUCCUCAUGAACUUACUUCAUCAUCUCUUCAAGAAGAUAAAACCAUAAAGCCCAGGCGAAUUAUUCCUCAGACUUCUGAGAGGACAUUGGAUGCUCCAGACCUAGUGGAUGACUAUUACCUUAAUUUACUGGAUUGGGGAAGCGCCAAUGUUCUUGCAAUAGCACUUGGAAACACAGUGUAUUUGUGGGAUGCAUCAAAUGGUUCUACUUCAGAACUUGUUACUGUCGAAGAAGAAGACGGCCCUAUCACUUCUGUGAGUUGGGCUCCUGAUGGGCGUCAUAUUGGUAUUGGUUUGAACAACUCUGAAGUGCAGCUAUGGGAUACAGCUUCAGAUAAACAGUUGAGAACUUUGAAAGGUGGUCAUAGGCAGCGAGUAGGGUCUUUGGCAUGGAACAACCACAUACUCACAACCGGAGGGAUGGACGGUAAAAUUAUCAAUAAUGAUGUAAGAAUUAGAGCACACAUUGUUGAAACAUACAGAGGGCAUGAACAAGAAGUUUGUGGAUUGAAAUGGUCGGCUUCCGGUCAACAAUUAGCCAGUGGAGGGAAUGAUAAUCUACUUUACAUCUGGGACAGAGGUACAUCAACUUCUAGUUCUCCUACACAGUGGCUUCACAGGCUUGAAGAUCAUACAUCUGCAGUAAAGGCUCUUGCUUGGUGUCCAUUCCAAGGGAAUUUGCUAGCUACUGGUGGAGGCAGUGGCGAUCGAACCAUCAAGUUUUGGAAUACACACACAGGUGCAUGCCUGAACUCGGUUGACACCGGGUCUCAGGUAUGUUCCCUACUAUGGAACAAGAAUGAAAGGGAGUUGCUCAGCUCUCAUGGUUUUGCUCAGAAUCAGCUAACACUUUGGAAAUAUCCUUCAAUGGUCAAGAUGGCAGAGCUCAAUGGUCAUACUUCAAGAGUUCUUUAUAUGGCACAGAGUCCGGAUGGUUGUACAGUGGCAACAGCAGCGGCGGAUGAAACAUUGAGGUUUUGGAAUGCUUUUGGCACUCCAGAAGUAGUAGCCAAAGCUGCACCAAAAGCGAGAGCUGAGCCAUUUUCACAUGUAAGCCGCAUUCGAUGAGCAGUAACAUUCAAAACAGUUUGAAAAACCAAGCUAUUUUGUGCCUUUUACUCCACUGUAAAGUACAUGAGGCAAUUCAUAGAUAGAAGAUGGAGUUGUUUUUUAUGAGACUCCCAUGUACAUUGUAACAUGUUAUUAUAGUGAAAAAUAACACAUGAUUUGCCCCGUGGACGUAGUCACACACCACCCGUGACGAACCACGUAUAUCGGUCUUUGUUCUUC